UUAUACUACCUUAAGCGUUAUAUCAUGUUGACUUAUAGCAAACAAAUUGAUUGAAAACGCCUUUAAGAGAUAAAAAACUUUUUAAAAAUGUAGUAGAAAAUUCUGGUAUUGUAAAUAUAAUCACGGAAGCUGGAGGAGUAACACUAAAUAUUUACAAAUUAAUCUUUCGUUAACGUUAUUAUUCAUUUUUCUCUACUUUUUGAAUUAUUAUAGGCUUGCAACAUGGAGAUAUACUAGCCGAUCAACCAUACGGCUUACCCUUAAAAGAAAAGAUAUUACCCCAGUAUCUUAAAGAACUUGGAUAUAGUACUCAUCUUGUUGGUAAAGUAAGUUAAUAGUCUCUUCUUACAUGCUGAAUAUAUUUGCAAACAGAGAUAGAUAAAGCUAUUGUCUUCCUUUCAAUAAAGGAGAAUAGUUUGAAUUAUUUAUCAACCUAAAUCGAAUAAAUUGCUAGUAAAACCAGUAAACAUUUAAUGAACCGUGAAGAAAGUCAACUUAAAAUACUGUGUUUAUAAUGAUGCUUUAUUGAUUAUUAAUAAACUACUAAUCACAAACCAAAAAUUACAAGGGUUAAUAAAUAUUUUGAAUCCCCUACGUAGUGGAAUCUGGGUUAUUAUAAAGAAGAGUAUUGCCCAACAAAACGUGGAUUUGAUAGCCAAUUUGGAUUCUAUAAUGAAUAUGUAGAUUAUCUGAACCACGAGCAUGCAAAGAAUGAGAGCAAAAGAGAAAGUUGGGGUAUAGAUUUCUUUGAAAAUGAUAAACCUAUUAAUAUAUCUGGUUACACCACACAUCUCUUUGAUAAGAGAAUUAAACAUUUAAUUGAAAAGCGCGAUAAAUCGAAGCCUAUGUUCAUGUAUAUAUCACAUCAUGCUGCAAAUACAAGAUACCAUACUGAUUUACAUAUACCAAAGAGUUAUUUAAGAAGAUUUAAACAUUUUUACCAUAAUAGUACUAUAACGAAUAUACAAAAGUUUGCUGCUCUUAUGGCAAUUUUGGAUGAUUCUAUUGGAAAGCUAGUUAAAGAGCUACAAAGAAAUAAUAUUUUACAAAAUAGUUUCAUAGUAUUCACAACUGACAACGGAGCACACGAUCAAUUUCAUAAUAAUCAUCCAUUCAAAGGGAAGCAGAAUGAACUAUGGGAAGGUUCGAUCCGAGGAACUGCCUUUAUUUGGACAACGGAACGAAAAAAAGGAUACACAUCUAACCAAUUAAUGCACAUUACAGAUUGGUUACCAACUCUUCUUCAAGUGGCAAAAUAUCCAAAUAUCAAAUUUUUUAGUUUGGAAAGUCAACUGGAUGGCUUUAAGCAAUGGUGGGACUUAAUGCGUGGUAAAGAAUCUGAUAAACGCUUAUUUAUUCUGUUAAAUAUUGACCCGAUUACAAAGUUAUCGGGUUAUAGAUAUAAAAAUUGGAAAUUGUUAUUGGAUACCAAUUCUGAAAGUACAUCAAAAAGAAAUGAUCGUGGUCGUCAACGAAUUUUUGAAGGCUUUAAUGGAACGAUAGUGCGAUCUAGUCUAAGCACUUUAGUAGAAGAAUUUAAUCAGCCAACAGUCGACUGUGUGCUCGAAAUGGUCACUAAUAAUUAUACACAAUUUUUGAACUCGACAAAACCUGAAUUGAGAGAUAUUCUUAAACAAUUACGACAAAUUUUCAAAAGGAAUGCACCUUUCGCUGAUAUGAACGAACUAGAAAGCGAUGCGGCAAAAUGUUUACAUUUAAUUGGCAGAAGAUUCGAAAUGCGUCCCCUUUUAAUUGAUUGCAAAAAUAUCGAACCAAAUAACAUAACGUGCAAUAACGGUGGCUGCUUAUUCGAUCUUGAAUCGGAUCCUUGCGAGCGGAGAAACGUAGCUAACGAAAAUAAAAAAAUAAUGAAGUUUAUGUUAAAUAAGUUGAGGUUUGAGAAGAUUAGCAAUAGAUAUAUCAAGCCAAUAAAUCGCAAUUCAGAGCCUCGUUCAUGGCCUAUCUACUAUUCCAGAAGGUGGAUUCAUUGGGGUGACGAUUCAAACUAUAAGUAUAACAUUACUACAAACUCGAAAGAUAACUUGGAAAUAAAUAUUUCCCGUAGAAACUUUGCUAUGCGAUCAAAGAUAUUGCAUCCCUUUUAUAGAAUUGUUAUAAAUUUAUUAUUUAUCAAUUAUCUGACCUUAAAUUGACCAAGUAACAAAAAAAAUAUAACAUUCAUGCUAACAUACAUAUAUAUAUAUGUAUAUAUAUAG